AGUGAUAAUAACAAAAUUGAUCCAAUAGGGAGGAGUUGGAAUCUGAGUGGGGGUAGUUACAGAUUUCGUGAGUUCUCUCUUCACACAGCUUCGAUUUUUUUUACUUCUCGGAGCUCUGAACUUGACCGACGUCGUUUCACCUCAAAGCGCUUCGAGAAAAUGGCAUUCUUGAUGAACAAAACAGCCGUUGCUUCCCAUUUUGUAACUCAGUCCCAGACCGAAGAAUCCGCUUCUUUUCCGCGCCGUCGAUUCCACGUUGAGCCUGGCCCUCGUGAAAAAGCUCUCUUAGCUGAAGAUUCAAUUCUGAAACCAUUCAAAUCGUAUAAGAAGAGUGUAAAACAGCUCAAAAGAAUUGGGGAUGUUCUCACGGUUGUUGUUGUAGCAGGAUGCUGUUACGAAAUAUAUGUUAGAGCUGUUACACGAGAGGAUGCACAAAAACAGUAGCAUUCUGAAAGUUCUUGACAAAGCGAAUAUUGGGAGUUAGUUGUGUUUUGUUGGAUGUUUGUGGCAACAAUUUGGACUGUUAUUAGCCAUUUUAGAAUAAGCUGAAAAGUAUUUGAACCAAAAUGGUCUGUGCAUCGGUAGCUUUUUCCCCAUUUUAAAUACUGUCUAGUGAAUACAAUUUCAUGGCUUCAGUCUGAGAAACAGAUAUGAUUCCUUCAACCAAGUUUGAGGGUGUCGGGUGUGAUAUGAGAUGUUUAAUACAAUUCUAUAAUCGAGCUUUGCCUGAAAUGUUAAUGAAUGUGAUAAUCCUAAUCAGUGGGAAUUGUAA